CCGGCGAGGAGCGCGAGCGGAGUCGGGGCCGCGGUUCUGAGGAGCGGGAGACGGCCGUCCUGGGUCCGCGCCAGGGCCAGCCGCCGCCUCUUCUCGCUUCUCCGUUGAGGCGCCGCGCGGCCGGACAGGGCGUCCAGCCUCCGCCGCGCAGCCGGGGCCUCCGGGGCCCGCCGGGCUCAGCAUGCCCGGGGUGAAGCUGACCACCCAGGCCUACUGCAAGAUGCUGCUGCACGGCGCCAAGUACCCGCACUGCGCCGUCAACGGGCUGCUCGUGGCCGAGAAGCAGAAGCCGCGCAAGGACCACCUCCCGCCGGGCGGCCCCCACACCCUCUUCGUGGACUGCAUCCCCCUCUUCCACGGCACGCUGGCCCUGGCGCCCAUGCUGGAGGUAGCCCUCACCCUGAUUGAUUCAUGGUGCAAAGAUAAUAGCUAUGUGAUUGCUGGUUAUUAUCAAGCUAAUGAACGAGUAAAGGAUGCCAGUCCCAACCAGGUCGCAGAGAAGGUGGCCUCCAGAAUCGCCGAGGGCUUCGUGGACACCGUGCUCGUCAUGGUGGACAACACCAAGUUCACGAUGGACUGCGGCACGCCCACAAUCCAUGUGUAUGAGCACCAUGAGAACAGGUGGCGGUGCAGAGACCCACACCAUGACUACUGUGAAGACUGGCCGGAGGCCCAGAGGAUCUCGGCGUCGCUCCUGGACAGCCGGUCCUAUGAGACGCUUGUGGAUUUCGACAACCACCUGGACGACAUUCGGAAUGACUGGACAAACCCAGAGAUCAACAAGGCCGUCCUGCACCUGUGCUAGGGCCACGGAGCCGGCUACCGGGCACUGCCUGUGUUCUGCAGAGCAAGAACACUGUAGCCUGGUGCAGAGCCGCAGCCACCUGUGCCAGGUCUGGGCAGGGCACCUGUCGCCUCGACGCCACGCGGGCUGAGGGAGAGUGUGCAGCCCGCCCUGCGAGUUCUCUCGAAGUCAUGCGUUGCUAUCAGCUUCCAAAUCGGCUCUUUCUGCUUGUCCAAGAUUGUUCUAUUAAAGUUUUAACUAACCUUUUAUAAUCUGGGGAGGAUACUUUUUAAGGCUUAUGAACUAUUAAAAACAAAGCCCACGUCUUACA